AAUAUAAACCGACUUAUGGUCCCAAAACUGAGCUGCCACCCAAACCUCUUUCUCCGCUCUGUUUCUAUCUGCAGAUAAAAGGAUUUGAAACCAAACAGACGGCAACAUGUCAGAAAAAAAGAUGUCAUCGAGCCGCAAGCAUCAUCUGAAGAGCUUGAUGCUUUCCAUCGCCAAAGAUCUGCUGGAGGAGGAGGAGAGGGAACGGGAGGAGGAGAGGGGGCGGUACAUGGCUGAGAGCUGCCCUUCUGUGUCCAUGCCCCGGAGCAUGCAGGAGCUGCAGGAACUGUGCAAGGAGAUCCAUCGCAAGAUCGACGGGAUCGAUGAGGAGAGAUACGACCUGGAGAUGAAAGUCAAGAAAUCCAACAAGGAGAUUGAUGAUCUGAAGAUCAAAGUUCAGGACGUGAUGGGCAAAUUCAAGAAACCUGUCCUCAGGAAAGUUCGUAUGUCCGCUGACGCCAUGCUUAAAGCUCUGCUGGGCUCCAAACAUACAGUCAACCUGGACCUGAGGGCCAACCUGAAGCAGGUCAAGAAGGAGGUGAAAGAGGAGGAACUGCGUGAUGUCGGUGACUGGCGUAAAAACAUUGAAGACAAAUCUGGCAUGGACGGGAGAAAAAAGAUGUUCGAGGGCGAGGCCUAAACCUGCAGUAUUUACAGUAUAGUCUUUUCAUUAUUUUUUUUGAAACUUAAAUCAAAUAAAUAUACAUCAUCUUCUGAAGAAACU